ACUGAGAGAGCCCGGAGAAGUAGUCUCAGAUCCUGACGGUGCAGCAGCCCGCAGCCUCAAGCCAGGGAGUCCCAGCCGCUUUUCAAUGGAGGAGAAGCCCGGCCAGCCACAGCCUCAGCACCAUCACAGCCACCACCAUCCGCAUCAUCACCCCCAGCAGCAGCAACAACAGCAGUCGCACCACCACCACCAUUAUUAUUUCUACAACCAUAACCACAACCACCACCACCACCACCAUCACCAGCAGCCUCAUCAGUACCUGCAGCAUGGAGCCGAGGGCAGUCCCAAGGCCCAGCCAAAGCCGCUGAAACAUGACCAGAAACACACCCUCCAGCAGCACCAGGAAACGCCGAAGAAGAAAACAGGCUAUGGUGAAAUAAAUGGUAAUGCCGGAGAAAGAGAAAUAUCUUUAAAAAGCCUCAGUUCUGAUGAUGCUGCCAAUCCUAUUUCCAGAGUCCUCAAUGGCAACCAGCAGGUUGUAGACACCAGCCUGAAGCAGACUGUGAAGGCUGGUACCUUUGGAAAAGCAGGAAUUAAAACCAAGAAUUUCAUUCAGAAAAACAGCAUGGACAAAAAGAAUGGGAAAUCUUAUGAAAGUAAAUCUGGAGAGAACCAGUCUGUAGAUAAGACCGAUGCUAUAGCAAUUCCAAAUGGUGUUAUAACAAAUAAUUCAGGCUAUAUUACUAAUGGUUAUAUGGGUAAAGGAGCAGAUAAUGAUGGUAGUGGGUCUGAGAGUGGAUAUACCACUCCUAAAAAAAGGAAAGCUAGGCGCAAUAGUGCCAAGGGUUGUGAAAACCUUAAUUUAGUACAGGACAAAAUAAUGCAACAAGAGACUAGUGUCACAACCUUGAAACAGGGACUUGAAACUUUCAAGCCUGAUUAUAGUGAACAAAAGGGAAAUCGAGUAGAUGGUUCAAAGCCCAUUUGGAAGUAUGAAACUGGGCCUGGAGGAACAAGCCGGGGAAAACCUGCUAUGGGUGAUUUGCUUCGUAAAAGCUCAGAUAUUAAACCUGGUAUGAGCAGCAAAAAGUUUGAUGAUCGGCCCAAAGGAAAGCAUGCUUCAGCUGCUGCCUCCAAAGAAGACUCAUGGACCCUGUUUAAACCACCUCCAGUUUUUCCAGUGGACAAUAGUAGUGCUAAAAUAGUUCCUAAAAUAAGUUAUGCAAGCAAAGUUAAGGAAAACCUCAACAAAACUAUUCAGAACUCUUCUGUGUCACCAUCUUCAUCAUCAUCCUCUUCAUCAUCUACUGGGGAAACUCAGACCCAGUCUUCGAGUCGGUUAUCCCAAGUCCCUAUGUCAGCGUUGAAAUCUGUUACUUCUGCCAACUUUUCUAAUGGGCCUGUUUUAGCAGGGACUGAUACAAAUAUGUAUCCAGGGGCUCAGCCACUGCUAACUACUGCUGCUAAUACUCUAACACCCAUCUCUUCUGGAACUGAUUCAGUUCUCCAGGACAUGAGUCUAACUUCAGCAGCUGUUGAACAAAUUAAGUCUAGCCUUUUUAUCUACCCUUCAAAUAUGCAAACUGUGCUGUUGAGCACAGCACAAGUGGAUCUGCCCUCUCAGACAGAUCAGCAAAACCUGGGGGAUAUCUUCCAGAAUCAAUGGGGUUUAUCAUUUAUAAAUGAGCCCAGUGCUGGCCCUGAGACUGUUAUUGGAAAAUCAUCAGAUCAUAAAGUGAUGGAGGUGACAUUUCAAGGAGAAUAUCCUGCCAGUUUGGUUUCACAGGGUGCUGAAAUAAUCCCCUCAGGAACUGAGCAUCCUGUGUUUCCCAAGGCUUAUGAGCUGGAGAAACGGACUAGUCCUCAAGUUCUGGGUAGCAUUCUGAAACCUGGGACUACUAAUGAGAGUGGAGCCUUAUCCUUGGAAUCCAGUCAUAUAGGUGAACUGCAAAAAGCAGACACCAGUAGUCAAGGUGCUUUAGUGUUUCUCUCAAAGGACUACGAGAUAGAAAAUCAAAAUCCUCUGGCCUCUCCUACGAACACUUCGUUAGGCUCUGCCAAAGAACAGAAAUACCAGAGAGGCCUAGAAAGGAAUGAUAGCUGGGGUUCUUUUGACCCGAGGGCUGCUAUUGUAUAUCACACUAAAGAAAUGGAGUCUAUUUGGAAUUUGCAGAAGCAAGAUCCCAAAAGGAUAAUCACUUACAAUGAAGCCAUGGAUAGUCCAGAUCAAUGAAGGACCAGACUGCCUAUUUGUAACCUUUCUGCAGCAUUAGAGCCACCGUUCAUGGGGGACACAAGGCUUUUAUGCUCCUAGAUCUUCAACGCAGCAGAGGAACCAUAAGUAGAAUCACAGGAUAAUAUAUACAAAUAUAUAUAUAUACAUAUAUAUAUAUAGUUAUUUAAAAAAAGGCAACUGAAAGUAAUUAGACUUCUUAAGGAAUCAAAUUUAUUUCAAGAGACUACACAUGGUUAUUUAAUCUCCGGUACUGAAUAGUUUUUUGUUUUAAUUCCUUUUGUUAGUUUUUGUUUUUAAGUGUGAAUGCAAGUGAUUAAUGAAUACAGACUUAACAAGCGUGGUUCUAAAGUUCCUGCUGUCAUCACUUUGGGCAACAAGUGACCCACUGGAAAGGCAAAUCCACUUAAAAUAUCUCUGUGUCUUUGUUCUGUGACUAAAGUGAUACACUAAUCACGGGGAACCCAGAAUGAUUCAACAUUUCCCCCUACUCCUCCCUGAUCUUUUGGUUUUACUUUUAAGCCCUGCUAGAAUGCUGGAUAAAUGCCUUGAAGUUUGCAGGGUGUAUUUUUUUUUUUUUUUAGCGAAUAUAAUUUGCAUGUCUUGCCAGAAGUUAAGCAGCCUCUGUGGGGUGUUGGGGAAAUAUUAUCUUUUCUUUUCUUUUUUUUUGGGGGGGUGGGAUAGGGGAGGGCUUCAAGUUCUAUCUACAAUUCUGGAAUAGUUGAUGGAUACAUAGUUAACUAGCUUUGGUUACAUGUUAAACUUUGGUAACAACUGAAGAAUAUAUUGAGUAUCAUUUAAAGAAAAGUUGCACAACAAGCAAUUGGCUUAGAUAUGGAAAAAGUAUUCCUGUGCCCAUAUUUUAAUGUAAUUGUGUAACUGGGAGCAAAAAUAUAUUCUGCUUUUCAACUGUAGGUGCUCCAGACUUGCUCUCUGUCUCUUAACACUAAAUGUGCAGUUUCUUGUUUUUCAUCAAAUAUCUAAGAAAUUUGUGUACAUUUCUUUAAAUUCUCUUUAAUUUCUGAGCAAAAUCUAAAAGGAGAGGAAAAGAGCCCAGAAAAACUUCUCAUGUUUUUAGCCAGUAAGGAGGUAAUAAACCCUGCUUAUAGAAGCUGUUUUCAUGCAAAUUAUACUUCUAAGCUUAUUAGCUUCUAAUUAUAUCUUAAUAAAUAUAUUUUAUUAUUAGAGCAAAAUGGGUUUUUAAGGAAAAUAAUGUGAAAUUUUGGAAAUUUUCUUUUGGGCAGAGAAGAGCAUUAGCCCUGUCUUAUCAUCACAUUGCCAUCCUGUUGCACUGCAGCUUGUGUAUAGCAUGCUAAAAAUAAAUUUUGUGUGUGAGUGUGUGUGAGAGAGAGAGAGAGAGAGAGAGAGAAAGAGAGAGUGUGUGUGCGCAGAAAAACUAAGGGUCCAAUUUUAAGAUUGGGUGAUGUUGGUGACAUAACAAGUUUUCUGGCCUGACAUAGCAUCACAUCACACACAUACAUGCAGAGAAAUUAGUAUAUCCAUGUAUGUCAAAUACUGGUAAAAUAGCAGGGCAUUUAUAUAAAGAGAGUUGUAGUCUUCUAAUAAAAAUAGACUGGAUCCCUUGAUAUUUGGAGAGAAAGUAACUACUUUUUGCUCUAUCAUUUUGCUUAAGAAAUGUCUAGUUUUUGAGCGACUGUAGCAUGGAUGAGUUUUCUUGUUGAUUGAGAGUUUUAACAAGUAAUUUACAAAAGAAGUUGUUGGGCUGAACAUAGAGAAAAUAUCUUUUUAGUCUGGAUUCCUGCCCUGCUUAGAUUUAAAAAAAGUAUAAGCAUGGAUUGCCAAUUCCACUUGAUGUAAACAAAACUUUUUAUACAUAAUAUAUAUAUAUAUAACUUAUUGUAUCAGUCCAGGUUCAGAAACUUGUGGUAGGCCAGUUUCAGAUAGUUUUCAUUUCACCUGUAAACUGUAUCACUUUUACUGAUAUAUUGUAAUUUUUCAAUGUAUAAUAUGUUUACAGAUGUGCCCUGCAUUUAGUCUGCCUUGUUCCUAUUUUGAUUUUUGUUGAGUCUCCUGCCUGCUUGCCAAAAGCUAGGAUGCUUCAGGCCCAUGUACAAUUGAAAGCAGAGGCAUCCUUGAGCUUUAAAGCAUUGAACAAACUGGAAAAUGCAACAUACCACAUACUGAAGUGGAAUUAAGUCUGUGUUUUGUGUUUUUUUUUUUAAUAAAAAAUUUCAAAAAAAAUUUAAAAAAAGAUAAUAAUCUUGAUUAAAAGAGGAAAAAAAGGCUCCAGUUUGUUUUACAGGUUUUAAAGUUCUUCUGUGUGUUCAAUUGCCUUGUGUAACCACUUGUCGCCUUAGGGCCAGAUCCCUACCCUUUCCCCCUUUUUCGGUGUCCAUUUUGCUUGCCUGAAACUUCAAAGUUCUGUCUCACAACUCACAAGAAACUUUCUGGGUUUGUGACAUAAUGGAGGUGAGUGAACAUAUAUCCAAAAAAAAAAAAAAAAAAACCUCCCCCAAAUUGGGCUUUUAUCUUAGAAGCAACAGUUAAUUUACAUACCUUUAGAAAGCUUUCACUUUCUUACUUCCCUUUCCAUAUCCCUCAGGACUCUUUUGUUCAGAGAAGCCUAAAUGAGAAUGUAUUCCUUCUCUGUUUGUCCAAAGGAUAUUUGAGUCUCACUUCUACACGAAACAAUGCAACAUUUCACUUUGAUUUCUUCACUGAAUUUUUCUUGAUAUGGUUAGAAGUGUACAGUAGUUAGAAAUGCUUCUUAACUUUCUGGGAAUCCUUGUGCCCCAUCAUAUUAACUGUCAGUAUUUUGGGGGCAUUGGAUUUAAUGGACUUAAUUGCCUAGGUACAAGCAGGACUUUGGGACAAAUCUCCUUUGUGCUGUUUGGUUAUACUUAACUCUACUUGUUGCAAUCUUUCUCCUUAGGUCCUCACACAAUUCCUUACAGAGCACUUAUUAAAAAAAAAAUCUUAAGAGUUGAUCUGUUUUUCUGAUUAUUUUUGUGUAAGCUUUUUAAACUUCAGCUGUGAUUAAUUUAGCACAUUUAAAUAACAAUAUGUAAUUGUUGGUAUAAAGAAUUUUCCUUCAACUCAGAGUAUUAGUACUGUAGCAUAAACCAAAUACAGUCUAGAGGGCGUUUUUAACAUCCCUCUAUUAAAAAGACUGAAACAGGUGUGUGUGUGUGUGUGUGUGUGUGUGUGUGUGUAUGUGUGACAAAUGGAGAUAAAGAAUUAGUAAAUGAAUGUGUAAGACAUUAGUAUUCAGAGAAUGAAACUUGUAUUUAUUUUGUGCCAUUUGUUUUCAUUACAAGAAUAAAGUCAGUUGGUUUAAAUACUUAAAAGGGGGUAGUAUUUGAAAAAUGGCACUAAAGAAUUAAAUUGUGACCUAUUUUUUUAAUAGCUAUGAAGAUACUAAUUAUGGGUGAAGAUUUCUUUUUAAAUUUGUCUUAAGAUUGUAGGCUUUUGUGUCACAUACCACUCACUUUUGUGUAGAUGUCUUGAAUCUCCUUUCCCUACAAAAGACAGGGUGUAUUUAUCUUUCUCUUUAUUCACUACCCUCCCCCCUUGCUGAAGUUAAUUGCAGUCUUUCCCUCUUCUUCACAUAAAGUAUAUUUACAACAUCUCUAAUAGCCUUUCUCUACUUUCUGAGAGGAUAGACAAGAAAUGAUAGCUUAUUUUGGUUUUUAAAUAGAGGUUAAGAGAAUUUCCAUUUUAGAAUUUUGCUGUCCUAAACAUCUGCUUACCUAGUCAUCAAUCUGCAAAAAGCUUAUAAAAGGAAAAGUGCUGCAUUGUUUUUUCAAAUAACAAAUUUUAGGAAAGUAAACUGCAACUAUGGGAGUUGUCCACAAUAUAAAAAUAUGCUUCACAAGUUAUGACAUAGCAGCAGUUAUUUCAUACUUGGCUGUUUAAACUUGCUAAUCCAUAUCAGAGGCAUCUAAUGACUAACUUUUUGGGGGGACAGAGUCAGUAUAUCUCAGGCUGACCUUGAAUGCCUGAGUGCUGGGAUUUAGGUAAUCGCUUUCAACACUCUGCUUCUAAUUUUUCUUUUGUAAUGGUAAACUUUAAACAGAAAAAGCCAUUUAGUGUGACAUUGUAUGUUAUAUACCAAAUGGCCACAGGCAAGGAAACUAAAAAGGACUUUACUCAGUUUUAAAUUUCAUCAAAUAAGAAUCAUUCUUGCAAGACUUUCUUCAGAGAAGUUGAUUAAAAGUCAAAUUUCCAAGGAUUUUGGGUAUAGUUAAGCCCUUGGAUAUGUAUACUCAAUACCUGAGCCUUCUUAAUAGCUACCCAUGGAGAACUGAUAACACUGUUGUGGGGUGAAAAUUUAUACGCUGGACAAUAGUUUCUAUGAUAAGGCAUGUUGAUACCACAUACAUCAAGGUAAACUGAUAGGAUGUUGUGUAUUAGUCCUACCAUAAUUAAAGACUUUUGAAGGAAAGAGGUUAGGAUUUGCUUAUCUCCCUUUCAAAAUAGUUAAUGUUUUGAAAGGGCAGAGGAUGAGGUUGAAGCAUAAGUACUGCUUUAAAUUUGUCAGAGCCACAUAGAUUAACUUCUUAAAAUCAAUGUUAUUUUUAAUGACAAAGCAUCAGGAUUAUUUCAUGGUGAAAAAGUUGGACUUCUGGGUAUCUUAAAAUUUUUCUAACCAAAAGCUAUUAAGGUAUAUGAAAACUAGGACUACCCUGAGUUGGUUUAAAGAAUGAUAAAUCUGUCGACUCCGAUCAAAAACACUGCUUUACUGAGUUAAAUUUCACACUAUUUUGCUGCUCAAGAAAGGUCUUAAAGUAGUUAAAGAAUGCCAGCUUUAAAUUAAAGAAUGCCAGCAUCUGUAAUCAACAUCCAGUGAGUCAAGGUUAUAUUGCUUUUACAUUGGGAUGUCCAAUAGCAGUUAAAGGCUGGAAAUGAACAGCUAAUCUAUACAUGAUGUGAUUGCUAAGUCAGACUUCCCUACUCAUAAAAUUUUGUUAUGUCAGUUCUAAAGCCAUUUUAUAAUUCUGCAGUAUCCCUUUUCUACAGCCUUAAUAGCUAUAGCUUUGGGGGUUUUUUAGUUCAGUUUUUGCUUUAAGUUUAUUAAAAUUGUACUCUACAGAUCAACAAACCAAUUUUUGAGGUAAAUUACAUAGUUUACCAUAAGCCCUUUUUUUCCUCAGGUGCUAAACAAAGGCUCAUAAAAGGGAUAACUGCUUUAGUAGAGUCUGCUUUAUUAAAAUAUAUUUCUUUUGCUAGAUGUAAAGAUCUGGUGUUAAGUGGUUUUAAUAUGUAAAUAUGAUUGAAUGCUUUUAGUUUGCCCUUGUUUAUUAUUCUGUUGUCAUUUAUCCUUUAUAGAGGAGGAUCCUUUUCAAGAUCUUGAAUCAUUUCAUUAGGUGUUGUUGCAUUUUUAGAAUGAAAACAACUGUUUUCUGUCUUAGAUUAAGCCUGCUGCUGCUAUGAGAACUGAAAAUCAAGAAUGUGAUGCACUUUUUACAUUACUGUAUACAUUACAUAUACCAUAGUUUGCUUUGAUACAUUUUCUGUAGCACAGCCACUAACAAAAGUGAAUGAAGUUUAUAAUGCCCUUUGGGAGGAAAUUAGUACAAGUAACUAAUCAUCGUUGGUAUUGGUCUAUGAAGGACAAUAACUUGGGAAAAUAAAAAUUCUGUUUAACACAUUUUUUGGCCUUAAAAUGUCUUCUACUACUGAAAAUACUUUAAAUCUUAGCUUUGUUUCUAUUACUCCCUCUCUGCCUCUCAAAAAGAAUUGGAAAGAAUGACCUAAAGAAAAUAGUAUCAUUGACUUGUUAUUGAUCUUUUAGAAAACAAUUGACAAUUUAACUUACAUUAGCUGGAGGUUUUGUGUGCAGGAAGAAUUAAUACUGUUCUGUACCAGUUACAUACACUCAAAAGUUUCAAAAUGUUUUACUUCUCUAGCAUUUUUUACUUAAUGUGAUAAACUUAAGUAUGUUAAGAAUGCUACUUGACAAAAGAAAAAGUCAUUUCUCAAGCACAUACCCAAACGUGAAGGAGAUGGAACCCAAAAUAAUAGGAGAACAAUAAUGAGAGAACACCAGAUGAGGUGGAGGAAUAUGAAAGAUUUGUGGUCCAAAGUUAUCUGGUUAUAUUUUGAUGUUGCCAAUAUUGCAGAGCCAAAAUUUUAAUUUGCUUAUUUAAUAUAUUUGUUGGCCAGAGAUCUAUUUUUAUAUCAAUGUGCCUUGCAUGUAUAUUGAAAAAAAAUUGAAAGGCCAUGUAGUAAUGCCUGAAAUAGUUGAUGGUUCUUACCACCUCACGAAUUUUUAUGCAGUAUGGAAAGCUCAUUCUGUUGCGCUACUGGUGCUCUGUUCAAAAGUUACAGAUCUUCUCAAACUGGAACUAUUUUACAAACUAGGGAAGUGACUGACUUUCGGGUUUUUUUGUUUUGUUUUGUUUUUAGUCUUGUUAGUGGCUGUUCUGUAGUGAGAAGUAGUAAAAAGAAUUCUUCACUCCCUUUCCCGUUUUCCCCCCCCGCCCCCAGCACCUUCAAAUAAUGUGAUAACACCAUUUCUUGUGUGCUUUGAAAAAGUUUCAGCUUGCUGUCUCCUUUAGUGUUAUAAAAAGUGUUAUUAAAAGCGUUUGCAAAAUUUAGGGAGAUGAUGGAGUCCAUGUUAAUUUGGGAUUCUGUAUGAGCUUUGAUCCAAGUUAUUGGCUCUUUCUAACUUAAAAUUUUUUAUUGUUAAAGCACCUUGCUUAGAAAUUUUUAAAUAUUUAUGUCUGCAACAAUUGUCUCAAAUAAUAAACUGUGCAAUUUUGUCAUUAAAGGAAAAAAAUCUGAAUUCUCCCUAAUGUGACUUGUUAGUUUUUCUGUAUUUCCUGCCAGUGUAAAUGUGAAAAGCUUUGCUUGCAUUACGUUUUAGAAAUGCAUUUUGCACACUUUCGCUGAAGCUCCGUGAAGAGGUUAGAUCUAAGUAGACGAAUAAAGCUAUGCACAUAUUUUGAAAGUUUAAUUCGUGUGUCAUUACCAAAAGUGACCUAUCAUUAUUUUUACUGUUUUUAGCUUUACCAUCUUCAGAAACAUGGCUCAAAGUUAUAGUUCUGGGCUAGCUCAUCAGUGGAACUAGAAGAGAGGGAAACUGGCACCUAUUUUAAUAAAAGUUCAGUUUAAAUGAGCUUGACUUGUAUCUCUUUAAGGGCUUUUCUUGAAACAGGGCAGUUUUAUCAGCUUUACAAACCAUUGGAUGUUCUUCCUGAGUUUUUUUUUUCCUUUUAUGAAAAAUAGUAAUUCAAACAAAUGAAGGAAAGACCUUUGCCACAUGGAGCUUUGUGACAUUUUGUAUGUCUUAAAGCUAGUUUAAAAGGUAGGCCAACCUUUUUUUUUUUAAGCAUGAAUUUUCAAUUGCUGAAUGUUGAUAUCAGUAUCAUUCAGUUGGUUAAAAAUCAAAGCACAGAUUGUUUUAAAGAUAAUGUGUAUUUUAUUAAAAAUUUGCCCAAAGUGAUUAGAAAAAAUUUAGUAAUUGGGCAUAUUUGGUUCAGUUGCUACAGUUUGCAUGUACUAAAUAGCUUUACUUCACAUGUAUGUGUACUUACAAGGUUGUGUAGAUGUAUUGGCCAGGUCUUGUCAAAUCAUGUUUUAAAAGAUACUUAGUAUAUCUCUUUAGGAACUUUGUAAGAGAGGCUAAUAAGUUUUAAGUAGAAGACUUCCUAAUGGUAUUUUCCCCAUGCUCCUAGAUAUAAAACUUCCAUUUUAUAGCUUUUCCUAUAUAUAGAAGAUGGUUUCUAAUCUCAUGAAGUGUGCUCUUGAUAUAUGUUGAUUUUGAAAAUUGGGCGGAACCCUCCUGUAUCUAACUGUACUAGUCAAGAUUCAAAUGGUGGCCCAUAAUGAAUGCAAGGCCUUAAAAGGCAGAAAUGGAGGAGUGUAGCAAGGCAUUAUCUUAAAUGGCUUUGGCUACUAUUAAGCAUCUGCCAGUAGUUCACUUUAUGUUUAGUAUUAGAAUGUUCUGGAGGAGCAAAGUAAUUGUCUUGUGUGCAUAGGCACUUGGGAGCUGGGUUAACUACUUAAUUUGUGGAAAGGAUAAUUAGUGGAUUACAGUUAGGGUUUGUUUUAUUUUUCAUUUGCCCCCUCAAAUACUUUUUAAUGUUGUUUUGCCCAGUAAAAAAAAAUAAAAUAAAAUAAAAGAUAGCUCUUUUUUAGAUGUAAGAACAGUGACCAGAAAUUUGCCCUUUUGCUAAAUGCUUAGAUAUUUGCUAUAGCUGUUCUGAUGUCAUGGAUUAUGAGGAAGUAUCAGCUACAUGAUCUUCCUUUAUUGAUGUCUUAAUGUUCAGUGUUUUAAAUAUAUAAAUUACAGUCUACAACCAUACUCAGAUUUCCUUAUUUUAUCAGGAAAAAAACGAGAUUUGUAGAUCAAAUUAAGAGACAAUAAGUGUACAUUGUUGAAUAAAAAAUUUUUAAAGCUUA